UGCAAGACAAACACUUCCGGGUUAGCAAAUUAUCAACACAUCAGCUGCCUUGGAGUUUUGUUUGAUGCGGUUGUGCCGCUUUCCACUUUCCUCUGUCGGUUCUCGGAUGAUCUUUGCUUGAGGUUGAGUCUUUGCUUUCGUGCCAUUCUUCUAGAUCUAGAUUCUAGAUCUACUAUUAUAAAAAAAAACAUCAGGACUUGCACUAUUUCCAUCUACCAAAUAUUGAUCGCUCGGUCCUCAAGUUUAAAUUUGCAAGUAGAUCUGUGACCUCCAAGUUUGUAUAAUGGAUUCUAUAGAGCAGCCAUUUGACAGUAUAACUCGCAUUGGACAAGAGGUACCAAAUACAUCCGACAAAGCGGAACUCAUUGAAGAUCAGAGAGAUCGACAGAAGAAUGUGCGCAACGGAGACAGCCCAGGGGCAGAGAACUCUCCACUCCACCAGUCUAAGUCGACUAAUAGUCUCUUACACGGCCCCCAGAACCAGGGACUGCGGGUCAUUAUCAUCUCCUCGGUGGUGUUUGCUGUGGCGGUCACUGUUGCCCUUAUCCUCACCAUCUACCUGGAGCCCAAGCAGGUCCACGGUCACGCAGCAGUAGCGUGUGAUGACGUCCGCUGCUCCCGGGUCGGCCUACAGGUGCUCAGGGACGGCGGGAACUCGGUGGACGCUGCUGUGGCAGCUGCCUUCUGUCAGGGAGUGGUCAGCCCCGCCCACUCGGGCCUUGGAGGGGGUGGAUUCGCUUUAGUUCACGACCACAAGUUCAAGAAAUCGAGCGCCUACGACUUCCGUGAAACAGCCCCAAAUGGAAUCACUCCAGACAUGCUUUCGUCUGCUAGCGAAAGUGACAUUCUAACUACAGGAGUGCCUGGACAGUUGAAAGGUCUGGCAGCCAUGCACCGUGCACACGGAAAACUCCCCUGGAAAGACGUGGUGGAACCGGCGAUUACGCUGGCUGAGCAGUUCUAUGUCUCUGAGGCACUUGUCAAAGAUGUCUUCCACAAGCUGAACAAAGCAGAUCUAAGCACUUCCCUCCGGGGGGUGUUGCUGCUGAAUGGUGAGUUCAAGACCAUGGAGGACAACAUCACGCUCCCAGGCAUGGUGGCCACGCUGCGGGCGAUCCAGGCAGACCCAGACGCGCUGUACUCGGGGAGGCUGAGGGAGCCCUUUGUGAAGCAGAUGCGAGAACAAGGGGGAAUAAUCACAGAGGAAGACCUAAAAAAUUAUACAGUUUCUUUUCCAUCAGUGAUCUCCUCGACGUUCAAAGAACUGACCGUGGUCGGGCUCCCCCCUCCGUCCGGCGCCGCUGUGGUCGGCAUGAUCCUCAACGUUGUGGAGAAACUAGGCUGGAAGCAGGACUGGUACGGAGACGCUCUGAUGUAUCAUCAGCUGGUUGAGUUCAUUGAACAGUCUUUUUGGAAACCAGUACUUGCUACCUUCUGGGAUAAUUCUCAAUAAUCAGUUGAUGGAUUUUAACCUGAAUGGCACAGCACAGGAUGUGAAUAAUUUGGAACCGGGCAAACGCCCCCAGUCCUCAAUGAGCCCACUGGUUCUGUACAACGACGAUCACCCGUGCGCCCACCGGCUGGUCAUCGGAGCGUCCAACGGCACCCGCAUCAUCACGGGGCUGGCAGAGACCAUCGUCAACUCGGUCCUGUUCGACAUGAACAUCACGGGCGCAAUCCUGGCGCCCAGGGUGCACAACCAGCUCUCCGAGAGCACCGAGUAUGAGAGCGGCAUCCCCCAAAUGGUUGUCAAGGAGAUGGAGGACAUGGGCCACACCAUGGUGCGGGCGGUGGAGGGCUUGAGCUGUGUGCAGGGCAUCGACAAGACCAACGAUGACCUGGCCGCUUUCUCCGACCCUCGGAAGUACGGCCAAGCCGCAGAAUACUGAUGUGUGUGUGUGUGUGUGUGUGUGUGUGUGUGGGUGGUGCGUCGUGACGUUAGGGAAUGUUCUCGUAGUAUGAUGAUGGUGGUCUGCUGUUGCGUCAUUGUCCCGACAUAUUGGGAGUCUUCGUAUAUUUGUGAUAUUUAAGUUUAGUUUUGUUUGCAUAUAUAUAUAUAUAUAUAUAUAUA